AUGGCGAGAACGAGAGCAACAAAGGCGGCUCCAAGCGCAAAGCCCGACACCAGCGAGGCCUCAGCGCCAAAAACCCUGUAUUCUCUACCCGAAGAAGCGGCAAACCCGCCCAAGGUGUUCAUACUUCCGACAAAGGCUACCAAGGCAGCGCGAAUCGUCUCCCUACUGCAUCCACGACACGCAAAACCUAGUCGAUAUCUCGUCUGUCCGGAGACGGGAAUCUAUGAGUUCACAAAAAUUGCGGCUCCGAAAACCACACCGCGAAGCUGGCUCAUCGAGGCAAAACCUGGUGAUCUCGAAAACGGAACCCCAGACGCUAGCAGCUCUCAGUGGCAAGCCCAAAUCACCAAUGGCGCCGACCUUUUCAUCGCGACAGCCUUUGAUCCCUUGUUUCUCAUGCUCCCAGCUCUUUUCGGCCCUGCGACAACAAAGGAUGAUGCGAAGCGCUUGUUUCUGACCAGCGAUGACCAUUUCGACGCCAUCUCCGAUUCGUCUUCGCACCUGUCUGAAGUUCUCAGGUGUCCGAAGACAAGAUCACACUUUCAGGCCAGGAUGGCCGUUAUUUGCGACUCCGUAGAUGCCGGAGACGAGAAGAUGUUCCGCGUGAGCGACAAGAAGUUUGCGGAUACCAUGAUCAGCAAGGCAAAGGCUAUGGGCGCAGCGCUUCCUCCCAGCAUGGAGGAGAGGUUUGUCAAGAAGCCGCUCGAGGCCCCACUCUCACUGCAAAAGAGCGAUGCCGCCAAGGUCGAGACGAAGCCAGCAUCCGAUGACGUCUCGACGCCGGGCCAUUCCACACCGCGCACCGAGUCUGCAGAAUCUCAAGCCUCUGCGACGACUCUCGAGACCUCGGCAUCCUUUGUGUCGGAGGCCUCCACUACGGCCACUUCCGUCAACGAAGAAGCGACCGAGGACGCUGUGUUGAGCACGGCGAAAGCCCCCGAGGCUGUGGUCGCGUUACAGAAGCUCAGGGUUGCGCUGGAUUUCAUCUGCGCCAGCUACGCCACUCCAGCCAUCACAAAUCGUCUUCAGACGCAUCUGCUGGACCCCGAGGUUUCAGGGGUGAAUUUUGCGCCCCUGAAUGCCUACCUCGAAGAGCUCACACGACUACGCAUCGAGGCCGCUGCAUCCAUGUCGACGUCAAACUACUCCCGCAAGCGACACAUGGAUGAGGAGGAGGAAGAAGCGCGUGCUGAAAAGAGGAGGAAGCUGGAAGACGAGAAGAAGAUGAAGGCCAACCAGAGCCGGGGGGUCAAAAACCUCCAAAAAGUCAACACAGUGGGCAUGAAGAAGAUGAGCGACUUCUUCAAGAAAAAGUAG